AUGAUGGUUCGUUCAGCCUCGGCAGCAUCACCAACUGUGAUGAAGGCUUGCCUGGCACUUCUUGUUAUUGUUGCAACAAUAACAUCCUUAUCGUGCAUUCAUGGAGCAUCCGCAUCAACAAAGGCUUUAAAGUACACUCAAGUGAAUAAUAUUAUUGUGAUAAUGCUUGAAAAUUGGUCCUAUGAUGGACUGUUUGGAACUUAUUCCAAGGGUAAUGGUAUUGCUAAAGCAUCAAGUGAAGCCAAAACACAAUUAGAUGACAACGACCAAGCCUAUUCAACACUGCCCCAAGUACAAGCAGGUCUUCCACAAAACAUUUCAAAUGGUCCCUUUGAUUUGGCUCAAUAUUUUGGUCUAAAUGCCAAGACAAUGGAUGUUACUCAUGCUUUCUAUACUCAUCAAUAUCAAAUGAAUGGUGGUAAAAUGAAUAAGUAUGUUCCAUACAGUGCUGCUAAAGGUUUAGUCAUGUCAUAUUAUGAUCUUGUUGGACAAGGUCACUAUAUGGCUCAAUUGGCUCAAAAUUACACACUUUUUGAUUAUUGGUUUCAAGGUGCUUUUGGUGGAAGUAUGCUCAAUCACCAAUGGUUAAUUACUCCUGGUUGUCCAUAUUUCCCAAAUCCUCCUUCAUCAAUGGUUAAUAGUAUAAGUGGAACAACUGGUAAAAUUAUUUAUCCAGAAAAGGCAAUUACACCUGAUAAUUAUGUUGUUAACACAGCUUACUCUGUUAACAAACCAUAUCCUGUUACAAUGCCACCACUUGCAAAUUUAGUUCCAUCUCAAAAUACAACAACCAUUGGUGAUUUAUUAACUAGUGCUGGAAUUUCUUGGAAAUGGUAUUCUGGAGGAUAUAAUGAUGCUAUGAAUGGAACUCAAGAUUCAUCUUGGCAAGCUCAUCAUCAACCUUUUGUCUUUUUCAAGAAUUAUGAAGUUGGUACUGAAGGAAGAAAUCAUUUGAAGGAUGAAACUGAUUUAUUCAAUGAUUUGAAGAAUAAUCAAUUACCAUCUGUUUCUUUCUACAAACCAUUGGGAAAGGACAAUAUGCAUCCAGGUUAUUCUACUGUUGGAGGUAGUUCUGAAGAAAAAUUGAAACAAGUUAUUGAGGCUGUUCAGGCCAGUAAAUAUUGGAAUAAUUCUAUGAUUUUCAUUACAUUUGAUGAAUAUGGUGGAAGAUGGGAUCACGUAGCUCCACCUAAAGUUGAUAAAUGGGGACCAGGUUCUAGAAUUCCAACCAUUGCAGUUUCACCACUCGUUAAGAAAGCCAAUGUUAAUUCAGUUUAUCAUGAUACUACUUCAAUUAUGAAAUUCAUUCAAGAUAGAUUUGGAUUACCAAGUAUCUCAACAAGAGAUGCUGCUCAAAAUCCAUUAGAUGAUAUUUUCCAACCAAUUGUUCAACCAAGUGUUGUUACAAGUUCAGCUAUUUUCCAACCAAGUGUUAUUACAAGUUCAGCUUCAACUUUGAGCAUUCUUACAUUCACUGCUUUAAUUUCUUUCCUUUUUGCUUUCAUUACUUUCUAGAAAUCAUGUUUGAAUCAAAAUAAAUAAUACAUCUUUCUG